UAGGUAAAGAAGCUGGUAUAUAAACCUAAGGCUGUGUCACUGUUCACAUACUUAUGGUGAAGCUUAGAGAAUUCAGACCUGAAACCAUUGUCCAGCCAUCCGAACCAUUAUCCAGUAGAAUUAUGAUCUCGAUUAUUGUCCUUAGUCUGGUGAUGUCCAGUCUUUAUGCACAACCGCAGAAAGGAAAUGACCCAAUACCUAUUCUUCGUUACGAAUCAGAAGGACCUAAUGUAGAUGGCUCUUAUAAAUGGGAGUAUGAAACUGGUAACGAAAUAGCAGCACAAGAAAAAGGAUAUGUAAAGAACUUUGGACAAGGCGAAGGUAAAGAGAUACAAACUGCUGAAGGAGGUUUCAGCUACAAAGCGCCCGAUGGUUCACCCAUCGCUCUAACCUAUAUCGCCGAUGAAAAUGGUUUCCAACCACAGGGUAGCCAUCUGCCUACUCCGCCACCAAUACCGCCAGCAAUUCAAAGAGCUUUGGAAUACAUAGCGGCCAACCCUCAGCCACAAGGUCAAAAUCCACCCAACAAAAAUAGAGGAUAAUAUAACUAUGAUAUGAGAACUAAGAUAUUAUUACAUGAUAUAAAACCGCCAAUUAAAUACGCUGUUACUUUAUUUUUAUUUUAUAACCGUGUCUGAGAAAGACGGAUACUCGUCAAACCCGUGAAGGGGUCGUUUUUCCUUUUUUUCUUUUUGUCUUCCAACGUUAAUCACGUAUUUAGUUUUUUUUUUUUAUAUAAAUACAAUAUACAGUAUAUGUGACGCAAGAUAAGUUCAAGUUAUUCGAAAUGAUUACGUAAUCUUUUGAUAGAUGUAAAGUAACCGUAGGUAGUGUCAUAGUAUGGCAAAAGUUAUAAAUAAUGUUAGUGUUGUAAAUAAAGAAAAUACCAUCAAAUACAGAUAAUUUCAUUUAUCAUACAAAUCACUCGUCAUUUUAACAUUUAAUAUGGUUAUAAUAAAAAUUAUGCUAUUCUAUGUAGUCUAGACAGAAUAAAUAUACAUGCUGCAACCGUAGUAGAACAUAUAUAUGUCAUAAUUCCAUUAAGGUGCAUCAAAUCAUAAAAUACCAUUUAACACGCCCAGUCAUCGUGAUCAUCAAUAACAUUUACAAAAGCUAUUCGCAGAAUUCUUGUUUCAUAUUACAACUUUUAUCUUUUAUAAUGUAAAUUUUUAUGAUUACAAAUAAAAAGGUUUUUUUUAA